CACACUGAGCCACUGUAAUGCAGUUUUAGAGUGGUCGCUGAGGAUGCCACCAGAAGAUGCAUCUCCAUAACACCUGCAGUGCAUCGGCACUAUGGUUUUAUUGACUUAAGAGCUUGUUAGUUGCUUGUUAGUUUAUUCUACCUCAAAACAUGUUUUAGAUCACAUGACUUUUCAGGUUAUGCCAUCACAUGAAAGUGUAGGUAUAACGAGAUGUUUAACAUGCAACAUUUUAUAAAUAGGCUCACAAAGUAACGGAUCCAGCUGAACAAUCUGAAGACAACUGCCAACUGUGAUGAGGAUGAUGAUGAUGAGCAUGAUGAUGAAACUCACCAUGAACCGACCAGCCAACACCAUCGGACCCAGCCAGUAAAAGUCGUCUUUAUGGAGUUUUAAAAUGACAUUUUCUAAACUGCUGAACGAGAGCAAGAAUGAAUUCCCCUCAGACUUUCUCUCCAACAUCAGCAACACCUCCUGUGAGGGGAUCGCCCUCGACUCUCAAGUCAUCGGUGUGGGAAUCUUUCUUGCCGUCUUCAUUUUGCUGGCGAUCGUGGGGAACAUUUUGGUCAUUCUCUCGGUCCUUUGCAACAAACAUUUGCAGACGGUCACCAACUUCUUCAUUGUGAACCUGGCCAUAGCGGACCUUCUGCUGAGUAUCAUUGUCCUGCCGUUCUCUGCGUCCCUGGAGGUAUUUGGAUGCUGGGUGUUCGGUCGGGUUUUCUGCAACAUCUGGGCAGCGGUGGAUGUGCUCUGUUGCACGGCGUCGAUUUUAAGUUUGUGCAUUAUAUCCAUAGACAGGUACAUCGGGGUCAAAUACUGUCUGAAAUACCCCACUAUCAUGACUGAACGGAAAGCAGGUGUCAUACUCGUGGUGGUCUGGGUUUCUUCAAUGGUUAUUUCUAUCGGACCGCUUUUGGGGUGGAAAGAACCUCCACCUUCUGAUGAAAGCAUCUGCAGAAUCACGGAGGAACCAGGUUAUGCUCUGUUCUCCUCCUUAUUCUCCUUCUACCUUCCACUCAUGGUGAUUUUAGUCAUGUACACUAGAGUAUACAUCGUGGCCCGCAGGACUACAAAAAGUUUGGAAGCGGGUGUGAAACGGGAGAGAGAUAAAUCAAUGGACGUGGUGCUGAGGAUACAUUGCAGGAACAUUCCGGACGAUUCGAAAACCAAAAAUCACCCGUUCAGAAGUUCAUUGUCCGUGAGACUCAUGAAGUUCUCCAGGGAGAAGAAAGCUGCUAAAACUCUCGCCAUCGUCGUGGGCAUGUUCAUUCUCUGUUGGCUACCGUUUUUCUUCGUCUUGCCUUUGGGAUCUUUCUUCCCAGCUCUGAAGCCUUCUGAGAUGGUGUUCAAAGUAAUCUUCUGGCUGGGCUACUUCAACAGUUGCAUUAACCCCGUAAUUUACCCCUGUUCGAGCAAGGAAUUCCAGCGCGCCUUCACCCGUCUUCUGCGCUGCCAGUGCCAGCGGCGGCGCCGCGUCCUGCGCCGGUUCUACGAUCAGCGUUGGAGAACGGCCAUGCGGGGUCCCCGGAGGGACCCGCACAGAGACUACUGCUCUGGAUUACCCUUUCACGAGCAGUGCGGUAACUCUUUAUAUUCCUGCCAGAGCAAAAGCCGGCCUCUUAGUCUGAAGGGCUGGAGCUUCUUCCCCCCUUUACAGAAGUCCUCCUUCCAGCUGAAGGAGAAAAUGAACAACCUUUCCAAUAAGAUUAAGAACGGUACGGGGAAGAGUAGCACGUCUCCUCUGGCCCGGACAGAGAUCGACACGGUCUCAAUUGGGAUUUAUAAUGACUGCGCCGAUCAGAGCGGCUACCAGAUCUACGACCUCACGGAGUGCUAUGGCCUGAAGGAAACAGACAUCUAAACAAAGACAGAGAUUACAGUCUGUUUUCUCAGAGCUCUGACCCACUGCCAACUCCUUUUUUUAAAUCUAUAAUUUUUUUCCACAAAGACUAGUACUCUUGUUGUGUCUAUUAGUACUGGCUUCAACGCCAUUGAGAAGCAAAUCUGAGGAAAAAUCACAUAGUGUGUUAAAGGAGAUUAAUGCAUCUCCACGUGGAUAGGCUUUAAAAAUAAUACUUUAAAAGUGGGAAAUGUACACUGAAUGGAAAUAUGUGACCCUGGAUCACAAGUUGCACGGGUAUAUUUGUGGAAAAUUGCCAACCAUACAUUGAAUGGGUUGAAAUGAUUGAUUUUUCAUACCACUUCCUUUUACAGUACAGUACUUACCUAGAAAGUACUGGCUAAUAUAAGGUAAGUACAUGGGUUAGGGGUAGGUUUAGGGAUAGGUUCAGGGUUAGUACCUAGUUAUUACCCAGUAAUUGUAAUUACUACAAUAAGUGCAUAGUAUGUACAUGGGUAACAGGACUGUAAAAGGAAAUGUUACCGAUUUUUCUUUCAUACCAAAAAAUCAUUAAGAUGAUUAAUCAUCUUAAGUUAAGAUCAUGUUCCAUGAAGAUAUUUUGUAAAGGUUCUACCGUAAAUAUAUAUAAAAAAAUUGUAUGUUUGUGGGUGAAAAAUUGACAAUUUGUGAGCAUAAUCGGGAACAUAAAUUGACAAUUGGGAACAUAAAUUGACAUUUGCAAAGUACAAGUUGACUAACCCUAAUUUUAAAGACGAUUUUUUCAAUGUUUUGACUUUUUUCCAGAUUUACAAAAAGUUGUAUCUCGGUCAAAAAUGGUCCUAUCCUAACAAACCAUUCAUUAAUGGAAAGCUUUCAGAUGAUUUAUAAAUCUCAAUUUUAAAAACAUUGACCCAUGUGAUUUUGUGUUUGUGUUUUGUGGACCAGGGUCACAUAUAAUGAAAAAACAACAACAACAACAAAAAUCUGCACUGGACCAGAAUGAAAAGACUUAUAGCUGCUGGGUGUCUACUGUGUUGUCCAUGUGGCCUUUGAGAAACAGUCAAACAGUUUCAAACACUUUGAUGACCAGCAACGUAUUUUCAAUGAGUGAUUGCUACAAUUACUUUGUGAAUGGAUAAUAUAUUUAACUGUGAUGUACUCAAGAGACUGUUGAUACCAUGAUACUGAUUCCUUUUUUGAAAUAAUAAUUCACCGUGAUUUGCAGAUUACCUUGGAAUUCACUUUUAUAUGAUUUGAAAUUGAUUUAGAGGUACAUACCAUUAAAUGUGAGGCACAAUUUGUAAUUGAAAUAGAUUUUGUGCAGAUGUUUUCAGUAUUUCAGAAGGUAGUUGAAUACUGUGCUAUUCAUGCUAUUCUUAUUUCAACCGUGAGAUUUUCAGUCAUCUCCAAAAGAACCAAUAGUAAAAAAAAAAGACAAAAAAGACAAAAAAAAAAAAUACAUAAUUAAUGGACUACAACUCAAUUAUUUUUGUGUUGUUGAUAAAAGCUUUGGGUUUCUUUGUAAUGCUGAUGUGACGACGUCUUUCAGUGUCAACUAUAAAGCAUAAUAAAUCUGAAAAGAGCA